AUGUCUAGCCAUGCAAAGAAACAAGCGUUCUCACGUGCCAAGUCGCUCACGUGGACAGAGACUGGCAAUCUGGUGGACACUCGGGAAGGCCAUAUGAAUGACAACCUCAUCGGCAACUGGAGAAGAUUCUCAUCGCCAGGUAGUGCAGGUUCUUGCGAUGACGGGCCGAACAUCAUGCUGGGGCACCCUGUUACGAGCCCAUCACCCUUGCAAGGUCCAGGUCAUUGGAGCCCCGAUUUCCCCCAGCCAGAGGAGCCACGAUCGAAUGCGGCGGCCGAUGAUGCAAUUGUUUGGAGUCCUGAUGUUCCACGCGCUUUGGGCUCUGGCAUGGGCUCUUGGAAUCCAGACCUUCCAGGCACCUUGCUGCUGUCUGUGCCCAAGGUGCGGUUCUCACUCCAAGGCAUUCCGGAAGAACCAGAUCAGCAGUCGGAUCAGCGUCUUGUGCAAAUAUGA